AUGGCAGAUCAAGCAUCCAACAAAGCCUACAUCGACUAUCCUCCGCCGCUGACGCCCGAGCAGGAAGAGUACCUCGUCCAGACAGUGAAAAAUUGGACCAUAGAACAUGGGCUUACAGUGAGACCGUCCACAGCAAUAGUGCCCAAGGAGACGAAUCCCAAGAAUGUCCUCGCUACUAAUGCUCCAGUCACCCUGUUUCCAAGCCCGUUUCCCAAGGCUUGCUUUGAACUGGCCAGGAGCAUCCAGCCGGUCUACAAUGAACUCUACGCUAGCGUUGCCAGCGAUGAGCAGUGGCUAGAGGAGAUCAUGAGAGAACUGAUAGAGGUCGACGACUUCCUUGCCAAUCUCUGGAAGAUACAUUUAUCCGUCAAGGAAGAGGGCUAUGUUCAAGACCUGUCUUUGGGAAUGUUCCGCUCUGACUACAUGGCACACAUUGCAGAACAUGCGCCGCCAUCCCUCAAGCAAGUUGAAUUCAACACCAUCUCUUCAUCAUUCGGAGGCUUAGCUUGUCUUGUUGCACAGAUGCAUACUCAUCUUGCAACAUUCCCUUCACCAAAGCACUCAGUGGCGUAUCCCAUGCAUCCAUUGUUCGCGACCUCGUCCGGCGAUAGCUCUAUCCAUACCAUCGGCCAUCCUCCUCCUAAUGAGGCUGUGGCGACCUUAGCCGCAGGCCUCGCGACCGCUCAUGCAGCGUAUGGGCCUUCGAGAUCAGAACCCCAACUCCCAACCUGCAUAAUCUUUCUCGUUCAAGACAACGAGCGCAACAUCUUCGAUCAAUUGGCCCUUUCUACUCAUCUGGACAAACACCAUCACGUCCCCUCAUUCCGCCUCCCGACAAGCAAGAUCCUAGCUUAUACGUCCAUCCCGUCAAAGGACAGUAAUCCCUGUCGACCUCUGAUUUACACCCCUCCAUCGUCCCCGUCCACUCCAUUUGAAGUAACGGUAGUGUAUUUUCGAGCCCUCUACGCUCCAACGGAAUAUAACACAUCUACAUCGUGGGCAGCUCGCCAUCACCUGGAACGCAGCGCAGCAAUAAAAUGCCCCAGCAUCCUCCUUCACCUUUCUGGCUCCAAGAAAGUCCAACAGGUGCUUACCUCUCAACCCCCGGACACCGACCACCUCAAAGCCUUCCUGCCAACCCAUUCGGCCAGUGUACUUCAAAACCUCCGCUCGACCUUCGCACCACAAUAUUCCCUCUCUGCUCCUACCUCUGAGGCACUAGGCGAACUAGAAGGAAUCCGCCUAGCCCUCUCCGCCGAGACGGCGGCAAACCACGUGCUAAAGCCACAACGUGAGGGAGGCGGCAACAACACCUACCGCACCAACAUCCCGCCCUUCUUAAAUUCCAUCCCUAAAUCCCAGUGGAAGCAGUACAUUUUGAUGGAGCUGAUCCGUCCACCCACCGCGGCUAAAAAUACCGUUUUACGGAGUGACGGACGGGUCGUCAGCGGCAACGUCAUUUCCGAAUUGGGUAUAUUUGGUACUUGUCUUUGGAGAAAUACACCGGGUGAAACGAGGCCUGAGAUUCUGCAUAACACGGAGGGCGGGUACCUCUUGAGGACCAAAGGGAAGGAUAGCGACGAAGGCGGGGUUGCCGCCGGCUUUAGCUCCUUGGAUAGCUUGAUAUUAUAUGAAGAGUACUAG